CACAACCUUCUGACUCAGGGGCAAGACUGAGCCAGACUGACACCUGAAAACAUCACGACCAAUAUAAGGGACAGCAAAAUCUUGCCUUUCACAUAGGUCCCAGGACAGGUGUAUACCCUAAUCAUAUUUUGAUAAACCAAUUUUAAAACUACAGAACUAUGAAUAUCAACAGGAAACGCAAGAUAGAUGUUGAAAAUAGAAAAUUCCAGUCCAAAUGGGAAAUGGAAUACUUGUUUGUGGAAAGUAAUGGAAAACCUCAGUGCCUUGUUUGCAUGCAAGUAUUAUCUGUGUUGAAGGAGUUCAAUAUCGGCCGGCACUACAACGCACUACACAAGGCAAAAUAUGACGGAUGUAUUGGAGAUGCACGUGCUGCUCUAAUCGAGGACAUGAAAAGCAAAAUUAAACAAAAGAAAGUCAUCAUCAGAGCUCCAACAUCUCAAAGUGCAAGUCUGACUGCAUCUUACGAGGUCUGCCUCCAGCUAGCCAAGUGUAAGAAGCCAUUCAGAGAUGGUGAAGUGGUAAAACAUUGUGCAGCCAAAAUGGCUCGUGCAUUUGGUGACGAAAAAAUGGCCAGGAAUUUUGAGAGCGUGUCUCUGUCUCAUCAAAUUGUAGCGAGGAGAAUAAGUGACAUGAAUGUUCAGGUAAAUGCGAAGCUCAGGACAAUUGUUCAAACCUGUAAAUACUUCUCAUUAGCUGUCGCUGAGAGCACUGAUUUUACUGAUGUCAGUCAGCUGUUAAUUUUCAUUAGAACCAUUGAUGAAGAUUUCAGCGUUUAUGAAGAAUUACUGGAGUUAGUUCCUCUGAAUACCAGUAAAAAGGGGUUGGACAUUUACGAGGCUCUUACGUCAGCGGUCAGUGAAUAUGGUGGAUUUCAGAAGUGUUCCUGCAUCGUGACGGAUGGCACAAAAUCCAUGACCUUCUGUAAAAACGGUUUGGUGGGUUUGCUGAAAGAAAAUGGAAUCGAAUGCACCACCCUUCACUCCAUCAUCCACCAGGAGUCCCUGUGCGAAAAGUCACUGAAAAUGAGUAACGUGAUGACAAGCGUCAUCAAAGUCAUCAAUAUUAUCUGCGGAGAAAAUCGAGCACAGAGUCAAAGAAAGUUCAUACAGUUCAUAAACUUCCUGGAAGAAUUGGAUGCCGAAUAUGGUGAUUUGCCUCUCUAUUCAGAAGUGCGUUGGCUGAGUGCGUCCAAGUGCCUCAUGCAAUAUUUUGCCUUUAGGAAGGACGUCCUCUCCUUUCUGAAGAAACAAGUGAGGAGCAACACCACGCAGUUUGAGGAGGAAUUGGAAAAUCCAACCUACCUGUGUUCAUUGGCUUUCUUAACGGACAUCACAAGCCAUUUCAAUGUUAUCAAUCUUCGGCUACAGGAUAGAAACCAGAAUAUUUCGAACCUUGUGGAACAUGUCGACUGGUUCCGCAGAAAGCUCGAGCUGUUGAACUCCUCACUCCUCCAGAAUGACCUCACCCAUUUCCCAUCGUGCAAGGAGCUUGCAGACGAGCUCGAUGAGGCCGAUUUCCGCAGCUUUUCGGAAAUCAUAACUGAACUGUUGGAUGAGUUCAGCGCCAGAUUUGCUGAUCUCGAGGGUCUGAGGGCCAGUCUCCAGCUGUUCAACAAUCCCAUGGAUGUAUCGAUUGAGCGGCAAUCGAAAGAUCUUCAGAUGGAGUUGUGUGAAUUGCAGGGUGACCCUUUCUUCCUCUCAAGGAAGAAUGAAAUCCCCGAAAUAUUCUGGAAACGUAUUCCCAAGGAUUGUUUUCCUAAAUUAAAUGACUUUGCACUGAAGAUGUGUUCGAUGUUUGCAAGCACGUACAUUUCUGAAAGCACGUUUUCCACAAUGAAACAACUUAAAGCCAAACAUCACAACAAGCUGGACAGAGAUACCCUUGGCUGCUGUCUGCGACUUGCCACCACUGAGUUUGAAGUUGACAUUUUAGCUCUGGUUCAAGAGAAGCAUUUCCCACAGUGUUCACAAGAGGAUGUUUAAUGACUAAGUGUUGAAGAAAUGUAUGUUGAGUAAAAGAAUUUGAACUAUGUGCAAUUUUCAUACAAUCCACUUUAAAUCUGUUACAUUUAUUCUUGAUAUUCUUGUGAAUUAUUAUAUAUUCAGUGUAUCUUUAUUUUGUUAGUUUUGCAAUUCUGGAUCAAUCUGUUCAGGUUUUGUUCAGCAUUCUCUGUCAGGGCCUCUAUAUGCUGAGUUGACAGCUUGUGUUGUGACGGUGAUACAUAAAAAAUUAACGUGAUGCACAUAACAACAAAUUACAUUUGUAUAGCGCCUUUCACGUCAGAAGGAUGUCCCAAAGUGCUGGAAUAUAUCAUUUCUAUUUGAGAUCGUUAUUGUUAGGUAUUAUUAAAUUAUGUGCAUUUAAUUCACUUAAUUACUUCUUUCACUUUCAUUGUUUACCCUAAAUUCAAUGAUUAUUCUUGUACAUAGAAUUGUACAGCACAAAGGGAGGCCAUUC